GCAGGGUCCUGGGGAAGGCUCUCGUCGCCUGUCAAGCGGGGAGCCAAGGCCUGGGAAGUGGGGAGAGCCAGGACCCCCCCUCCCCCUGGACACCCAUGUGUGCCCCCUUCUGUUUUUAUCUGCAAACAGGUGCUGGUGUCCUGCGCUGAGGAUGCUCUUUCCGCUUGCCUGUUCUAUGUUCUGCUGGAAGCUGAGGUUGUCCUUAUAAAUAGCUUGUAAAGGGCUAAUAAUCCAGCGCAGGUUACAAACGUUGUUACCGCUGUAGGUGUGGUGGAUGGCUGUGUGCCCAUCGGUGUCAUGGCUGUGUCACGUCUGUCAGUCGUCUGCUGACCGGCCAGACUUUGGAGUAGUCCGUAAUAACCCAUUAGUCAUUUUUAAAACAUCUGUGACUGUUAGUCACUGAUUAUCUGCUGUGAACCUUUUCUAAAUGGAAACUUUGUCAGGCCUGAUGGCUUAUUUCAGGAAGGACUUUGGCACGGGCAAAGGGGAGACAGAGUGAGGACCAGCUUAAACCCCCUUAGGGGUUAGCAAGGGUUUGGAGUAGGGAGAGCAAAGGGUUUGAACAGCUCGCCUACGUAGAGGAGAGUCUUCCAAAAUCAUCAGCCCAGAGGGAGCUAUGCUGCAUUUCCUGUUUGUCUCUUGUGACAUUUGUCAUUUUGUUCUUCGCCUUAGAGCCACUUGGUUGCACAGAUGCUUCUAAAAUGUCCCCAGACCUAUCAAGUCAGUGCAGCUGUGCUGACAGGGCUUUGACUUGGGGUAUUUUAGUGCAGGGGAAGUGAAAUUGGUGAGCUUUUAGUUAGUUUCUGUGCUGCCCACAGAGUUAAACAGAAGUUACUGAUUUUAGCUUUGCGGCAGGCGCUGGCUGAAAGAGCUCUGAACAGAGAAGAAACAAAGUAGAAGCGGGGCCUCCUGGGGUUAAUGCAAAAAGCGUGUUUUGCCCUGGAAGGAAUAGGAGGGCUGAUCCCAACAGAGGCAAGUCCUUAUGCUUCUGUCAGAAGCUGACCUGGUGGUGUCACCACUAAGCAGCACCACGUGUCCGCACCCCUCCUAGGAAUGUUGGUAGCAGGUGUAAGCAAGCCAAAUCCCUUCGUCUUUCAUACCAGGCUCGCGCCAGCUGGCUCAUUCUUCUGGUUAGCAGAUCUAGGUACAUGUUCAGUCCUCGGAUCGGAUUCCAGAGUGUGUGGGUAGGCAGGCCAAGCAGUUCACAGCAGUCAACUUCCUAGAAUAUUGACUCAGAAUUGAGAUGAGAAGCGGGUUACACAGCCUGUGCCCUCAUGCCAGAGCACCUUCAGUUUUUUCUUCUCUCAGAUUUAGCAUCCACAGUGCAUUGUCUGUGCCCUGGUCAGAAGUGAGAUGUGUUACGUUUUACUUAAGGCAAGAGCAACUCUCUCCUCUGAGCACCUUGUUCUUGGCUGUUUUACUCCCAUCAUCAGUAACUGCGCUUUCAGCUUCCUAGAGCUCUGCUGCUGUUCUUCCACCCUGGUUCAGUAUUACAAAUUCAAAGGCAAUUCACUGAACCCAGCUCUGGCAACCUCACUAACUGAUGUUUGCUUUUUAGUGACUGUUACGCUGGUGUUAUGCAGGUGUUCCCUGGACAGUUCUGGAGACAGAAGUGCAGUUUUUCUAGAGCAGGUACAGUACAGACAGCAGCAACACAGAUCUCUCAUUCCAUGUAAGGCCUUUACCCUGACUUGCAGUAAGGCCCUGGGAGGGAGCAGACUAGUCCACACGUGGCCUUUCAUUUGUGGCUGCUGACUGAGGAACCGGGGGUUCUUGCAGUAUGAACUUGCAUCUGUUUCCUAGCAAACUGUCCUGCGAAAAGCAUCGCCAGAAAGAGCAGCAGAGAAGCCGUCUCUGUGCCUGGGAAACCCUUUCAGAGCUCUAGAGACCACGCACAGAAAACAAGCGCAACUCCACUUGUAAGAACGCUGUAGGUUGCCUUGGUCCUGGGCCCCUCCGUCCUGCUGCAAUGAGUGGGAAGUCCUUGCUCUUAAAGGUCAUCCUCCUUGGGGAUGGUGGAGUUGGGAAAAGUUCCCUCAUGAACCGUUACGUCACCAACAAGUUUGACUCUCAGGCUUUCCACACGAUUGGCGUGGAGUUCUUAAAUCGGGACCUGGAGGUGGAUGGACGUUUUGUGACCCUCCAGAUUUGGGACACUGCAGGGCAGGAGAGAUUCAAGAGCUUGCGAACCCCCUUUUACAGGGGAGCAGACUGCUGCCUGCUCACCUUUAGUGUGGAUGACCGGCAGAGCUUCGAGAACCUCAGUAACUGGCAGAAGGAGUUUGUCUAUUAUGCCGAUGUGAAGGACCCCGAACACUUCCCGUUUGUAGUUCUGGGCAACAAGAUAGACAAACUUGAAAGGCAAGUGAGCACAGAGGAGGCCCAGACCUGGUGCAUGGAAAACGGGAACUAUCCGUACCUGGAGACUAGUGCCAAGGAUGAUACCAAUGUGGCAGUGGCCUUUGAGGAAGCUGUGCGACAGGUGCUGGCGGUGGAAGAACAGCUAGAGCACUGUAUGCUGGGCCAUACCAUUGACCUGCACUCCAGCUCCAAAUCUGGGUCUUCCUGUUGUUAAGAGUGGCUGCCACUUGGGGAAAUUCCCUUGAAGCGGUGGCUGGAGCGGAA